UGACAGCGGCUGGUCGCGCCCUCACGGUUGCUAGGCAGCAGCGUUCAGGCCGGAGUCCGGAGAAGGGAACGUGAAACGGGAUCGUGGAGACGAGAAGAUCCACCAUGUCGGUGCAGUUGGCCCGGAGCUCACUGGCAAUGGUUCUGGGGCUUCGGGAAGCGGCCUCGAGGCCGGACCUGAGCGGGCAGCAGUUGCUGGCACAGUUGAAGGCGGAGAACCGGCGCAACGUGUGGGAUGGGCGGCUGGUUCAGGCCGUAUCCGGCCUCCUGCUCCUCGGCUGCCUGGAUAGCUCGGUCUUGCUGCUCGGUGGCAGCGCCUCACACCUACAGGUCCUGAGGGAAGCUUGGAGCCGGAGAGCACUGAGGGCACCCCGCGGAUUCCGUAUCAAAGCCAUGGGUGAUGUACCCGCAAUACCCAUGAAGCCCAUUCCUCAGUCCCAGUUUGUUCCCCUGGCAGAAGUGCUUUGUUGUGUUAUUUCCGAAAUGAAUGCUAAUCGCACAGUUGUGACCCAGGAAGCCCUUUUGGAAUAUUUGGUCGAGUGCUAUCCAGGUAUAGCAACACCCUCACAGGAGAUCGUGCACAGUGCCUUGGGCUCCCUGAUUCAGGAGAGGAAGAUUUAUCACACUGGAGAAGGCUAUUUCAUUGUCACUCCACAGACCUACUUCAUUGCAGGUAGCAUGGGGAUGCAGAGACAGCCCUGGGUCCUCCAUGAGGAAAGCGCUGCCUCACCUGAUCGUGUUAUAUACCUGGUGAGUGUGGAGAGCAGUCAGGAGCCAAUGCAGAAGGAGAAGGUCCUUCCUGAUGGAGCCCCCCAUUGCAAGUCCUGUCGCUGCUUCAGCCAACCAGUGGAAAAGCAACAGGCUGACCCCCAUUUCUGCAAGAGCAGCCCAGGCCAGAGGAGCUGCAAGGAGCUCAAGCCUGCAGUCCAGCACAGGGCCACCUCUACAGCAUUUGGGCCACGCAGGGCCAAAGAGAAAGGAAUUCCCAUCCGAAAAUUCAGCCUCAGUCUAUUCCGACGCAACAAAAAAAAAGACAGCCCCAAGAGAGCGUAUGGGACUUUCUCAGCCCAGUUUCCCCCAGAGGAGUGGCCAGUACGUGAUGAGAACAGUGUGGGGAACAUUCCCCGAGACGUGGAGCACCAACUCAUCAAACGCAUCAAUCCUGGACUGACUGUAGAGAACCUGGUCAGGCACACCUUAAUGAUGAAGAAACUGGGCAGAGAGAGCACUGCCCCAUUUCAUGGCAGUGGCUCACUGGAUCAGUUGAUUGGCAAGCAGAGGCAUCAUUCUGAAGAAAACCCCCAAAAGACAGCAGCUAAACUGCAACAACAGCAUCGUAAGAUGAGGUCCAGCAGGGAGAAGAAAAGGCUGAAAUCCAAGGGAUCUCUGCAGUCGACUAAGGGUCUCCCCAAGCCUGAGAAUAGUCAAAAUGUGAAGGAACUGGCCAAGCACAGGAGUGAAGGAGAACAAAUGCUUUUUGAGGAGCAGCCAAUCCAGGCUAACAGGAGUAGUAUCCCAAUCACACAGCUACACCAGAAGAGAAUCGAUGACCCUUUCACCAAGGGUAAACACUAUUUUGCCCAAAAUACCACAAUCAACAAUCCGAGGUUGAGGCAGAGGUCACAGUCUGUGGAUUCCUCCACCAGGGGACAGGAUGCUGUCUCCGCAAAAGAGAUUGCUCCGGAGAAGUUCCACCGCAACACUGCUGCCUAUCUCAUCAGGCCAGCUGAAGAAGGUAACAAGGAGCAGCUACAAAGUCAUGAUGUUAGGACAGAGUGCAGAAAUCAGGUUCUCAUACACCACAAUGUCCCCACUGGCUGUGAAUCCCAGGAUUACCUGAACAAAGAUCAAACACCUGACUCCCUCCAAAAUAUGCAGACUUCAAAUCACAUCCAUAGCUGUGCCCAGCAAUCUCUCCAAGAGCAGGAAUCAGAGGAAUUUAGCAAUGUAACAAGGCCAGAGAUCAGCCAUGAGUAUGAGGAUAGUUCUGUCCCUCAAUCUUUGUGCGAUCGAAUUUCCAGGCAGGGUCAGAACUCUUCCACCUCUACAACAAUGAAGUGUGCAAGUAUGGAAAGUCUAUCAAGCCUAUCUCCUCUGUCUGAUGCACAGCUAAUGUCCCCCAACCAAGCACAACAGUCUGAGGGUGAAACGGCCAGCCAACCAGAGACCAAUGAGGAAAGAAGUGAGGCUUUUACUGAUGAGGAUCAGGCCUUGUAUCAGAGAGAGCUGGACGAGGAUGAUGCCUGCAGUUCCCUGUACCUCGAUGAUGCUGAGCUGUUCGCACCUCUGCCUGGCCUCGACUGUGCCGAUGAUCCUGGGAGUGAAGGUGAGCUGUCCACUGAAAGCUGGGUUUUAUCCAAGAUGCUGCUGCAGGAGGAGCAAACUGCAGAAAGUGAAUUUGCUGGACAGCAGGUGGAGAGCUGGUUAAACGGAACAAGUGACAGCAGCAUGGGACACUCCACACCUUGCUAUGGGAAGGAGACUCACAGUCCAUUUUGCAGAUAUCAGCCAAUAUCACCAUUGCCAUAUGAACAUCUGGAGAAAGAGGAACAUCCAAGUGGCUGCAGAGAGCUCAUUAGCAACAUAUUUGAUUACUGUGACGUAACAGUUACUGACUCUUCUCCAGAGACUCUUCACACACUGAAUAAUGAAGGCAUCAGAAACCCAGCCAGUCAGAACCUCUGGGCUGUGCCCAGAAUGAAAACUCAGCUGAUGGGAAAUUUGGAGCACAACCAAUUUCCUCACCACUCCCACAAUACUGAAUUAUUACAGACCAGCCAAGAAGAGAGUACUCAUCUGGAGUUGCUAGAAAACCACAGCAUUACUGGAGAUAGUGGUAUUGACUCGCCAAGGACACGAGUGAGUUUGGCAUCAAAUAAUUCGAUCAUUCUGGACAGCUUGAAGCGGCGGAGUUUGAUGCAAAAUUAUGGAACUUUGAGCAGCACUGGGCAGAAUGGUGUUUUUUCCCAGCAUCCCUUACUGCAGCUCACCCCAGUAAUGAAUGUUUGAUUGACCGCUGUGUUGACUGACCCAGGAAUGUAAAAUGCCAGAUUCUUGUGUGUUGUAAAUGGUAAAUUAAUUAUGAAUUGAACAGAUCUAUGCAAUGAAGACAGAAAAACCAAAAGAACUGUGGAUACAGGAAAUCCAAAACAAAAGCAGAAAUUACUGUAAAACAAGAAUGGCAGAAUCUGUGGAGAGAAAUCAGACUCGAUGUUUCCAGUCCAGUGACCCUUAGGACCAAUUCUGAAGAAGGCUCACAGGACCCGAAAUAUGUCUCCACAGACGGUCCCGAUCCUGCUGAGAUUUCCAACAAUUUCUGUUUAUGUUUAUGAAAUCACAUUCUAAUGGCUUUUGUAUUGCUCCCAUAUACUGACUUUUUUUAGUUAGUUCCUGAUAUAUGGGUUUUACUGGUAAUGUCAGCAUUUAUUGUCCAAUCUUAAUUACCCUGAUUAGUGGUUUUGGUGUAUCUAAGCAACUUGCUGACCCACUUAAGGGCAGUAAAGAAUCAACCACUUUGUCAUGUAUCUGGAGCCAUCAGUAUAUUAGUGAAACAAAUGGAUAUUUAUGGCAAUCCAGUCACUACAUGAUCACCGU